CACUAUUUCAAGUAGCACUCUAGGUAAGUGAGAGCAUAGGAUACAUGUGUCUUAUGCCUCAUAUUCCCAUGCAAAGUCCUCCAGCUCAGAAAAUGAGUGUCAGUCACUGAGAACAGACAUGAUAGCCCCCAGAGAUAUGGCAGUAGGGACAAUCUUUAUAAUGGGACUCGGGGAAUUUCUGCUUUACCAUUAUGUCUUUCUUUAUUGCACUGGGUGCAUGCUGAGGUCCACGGAUUUCAUUGUCAUGAACCUGAAUGUGGCCAACACUUUCAUCCUAUCCUCUAAAGGAAUCUCCAGUACAAUGUCAUCUUUUGCAUGGUAUCACAUUUUUACUGAUUUUGGAUGCAAAUUUAUGUACUAUGUUCGCAGAGUGGGCAGGAGUGUGUCCAUUGGCACCACCUGCCUCCUGAGUGUCUUGCAGACCAUCACCAUCAGCCUCACGAACUCCAGGUAGGCACACCUUAAAGGGAAAGCUCCCAGUUACAUUUUUUCUUCAAUGUUCCUCUACUGGGUCCUGCAAAUGCUGGCAACUGUCACUUAUUUUAUGUUUAUGACUAGUAACUUGAGCAAUAACAACAUCACAAACAGAAAAAAUUUUGGAUACUGUUCUGCUAUUCGUCAUGAGAGAAUAGCAGAUGCAUUAUAUGUGACAUUGCUGUCAACCCCUGGUGUUUUAUGUUUCGUGCUCAUGAUUGGGGCCUGUGGCUCCAUGCUCUUCAUCCUGCACAGGCACCAGCAGAGGGUCCAACACCUUCAUAGGACCCACGUCUUGUCCCAGUUUUCCCCUCAGUCCAGAACCACCACAACCAUCCUUCUCCUGGUCAGCACCUUCCUCUUUUUUAACACACUUUCCUUCAUCUUUGUCAUUUUUCUAGCUAUUUUUAAGAAUCUCAGCUGGUUCAUCUUGAACUCCAGUACAGCAAUCACUCUGUGUUUCCCAAGUGUCAGUCCCUUUCUAUUCCUCAGCCGUGAGCCCUGUGUCUCCAGGCUCAGCUUUGCCUGGAUAAGGAAUACAAAAUCCCCUAAUCCUGGGAGAAACAUGUAAAGUGUAUGUAUUUGCAUAGUGUUCAAUUGGUAACUCACUCAUCCCCCUCAGAAUAAGUAUAGUUAUGAGUGUCUUAGCCAAGAAUGGUACACAGCACAUAUUCUGUUUAUGUGGAGUUUGUGGCUCCUUCAUUUCUAAAGAGUAAAGUUGAUUUUCUUGAAUUCUAGGAAAGAUUUUUACAUAGUGUUUUUUUGUGUGU